AUGUCUUACCGAGACUGGGACCAACACGAUCAACGUGGAAUUGUACGACGACGAGAUGAACAUGAUGAUAACUGGGAUUACAAGAAACGCCGCCGCUACGAUGACAAUAAUUAUAACGAGGAGCGUGGCUACAGAGACAAUUACCGUCAAAAUGACAGAUAUGAUCAUGGCCAUAAUUAUAAUGAUGAUG